GAAAACAGUGAGUUUUGCAAAAGAAGUAUUUCUUGCCAAUUGUCGAUUUGCUUGCGGACUAGCGUUGCUCGAACAGAAAUUUUGGUGUGCAUCCGGAGGGCAAGGUCCCUCGUCCUACGUGGAACAUUUAAUAGGCCCAAGCAAUCGGUGCAUGUAAACUUGGCCGAUAAGUGUAACACAAAACAACGGAACGGAGACCAGACUUCGGUUACGCAUAUUUGGAGUGAGAGUUCUUCUACCGUCUGAAAAAGUGCAUCGAAAACAUUGUCAUCAUGGCGGGGAACGUACGAAUGUCCCAACCGGGCACACCAGCGACAGCACAACCAAACUACAUGAAAGUAUUUAUCCAACGGGACUACAGCGAAGGCACAUCGGUCAAGUUUCAGAAUCGGUUCCCUCCGGAGCUGGAAAGUCGGAUCGAUCGACACACAUUCGAGAGCACCAUGAACAAAUUGAACGAAUACUUUGCCGAGGCAGAGAAAGGUUCCUGCAGUACCUACUGCGAGGGUUGCCUGGCUUGCAUCACAGCGUACUUGAUUUACAUAUGCACUGAAACACACUAUGAAAAGUGCCUCCGGAAAGUGUCCAAGUACAUAGCGAUGCAAAACGAGCGGGUGUACAAUCCGAAGGGACUGCAGAUAACCGAUCCGGUGUACCGUGGGCUGCGAGUAAUAGAAAUUUCGAUACUGGAUCGCCCCGGGCGCACGUGACUGCCGCUUUCCCAUUCAACGGAGGAGUUUUUCAUGUAAAACCCACACUGGACUGGAGCGAAACGCUUCGGGCAGGACAAAACAUUCUGUUUCGCCAUCAUCCUCCGGAGAAUAAGCCAGUGGAAUAUGCACGAUCAAACCUACUAGCGUACACAGCAAUCGUACGGCGAACGAAACACUUCCAAUCGACGACAGAGAUUUUGCGCACCGUGUGGACGCGGCCGUCACUUUCCAGCGCGUGCACCCCAGGAAACCAACAAUGCAUACAAUUUGAUGCGCAGGGAUGCAUCCCUCCCUGCGCCACGACACAACGAUACGCCCCAUAGGAUUCCGCCGCUCGACGUCUUCGGGACGAUAAGUCAUGUUGAAUAUACAUUAUACAUAUAUAGAGAUAUACAUUUGAAAACAACAUCCCGUAGCGAUUAACAUGAGCCCCCUCACCCAUCGCUGUGCCCUCCUACUGUCCCUUUUAUCCACGAUCUGUGCCGAUGAUUUCAGUACUCCCAGCAAUAACACCCCAAACCGCACCCGACAGACGAAAUCUUUCUACGAAUUCCAAUACUUAUACAAGCCCUUAGCUGUUAGGUACGCAGGGAAGCAGCAAGGAAGUAAACCGCUCCUAGAGUAAUCCGGGUACGGGAAGGGUUUAAACUAGA